CGCAGUCAUUUUGCUAAUAGCAAAAAGGGUGGAGGAAUAUUGACUAAGAGCAGAGGCUGGCACAUGGUUAGUUCUGUUUAAUGCUCCCAUCUUAGAAGGCUUCUUCCUAUCCUUUGGGAAAGAAAUCUGGUAGUCCCUCCAUCAGGUUGGAUGCUGAGCUUUCCAGCUGAACAGUCUUCAGUUUGGGAGAUUGUUGGAAAGGUCCCAGCUCCCCAGAGCAGCGAAACAAGGAAACAUAAUACAAGUUCCUUGCCAGCCGGGCUUUUCAGACAGGUUCUGAGUUACUCUAGAGUUUCUGAGAUGGAAAGGGAAGUGUUUUGGUCAUUGCAAUGACUGUUUUAUGAUGGAGUAGAGCCACGACUUAGAUCUGUAAGGAUCCCAGAGAUGUGGAAACUGGCUUUGGCCUUGGUUCUCCUGUACCCACCAUCUGCUGCCCUUCAGCCUGAAGGUUUUCUGGACACCGUCAGCUGCUCCGAUGGCCUGAGCUGCCGGCUGCUGGAGGAUGUGCUGUGCAUAGCUGGGGAGACAGUGCCAGAUCCCGAAACGGGUCCUGUCUUGGUGCUGACUGAGAUGAUGAUGAGGAACAAACUUCGGUGCCAGGAACGUCAGGACUGUAUCCCUUGUGUGCAGGUGACACUACGCCUUGGUCUCCUGGAGUCACCUGCACAACUAGGUGGAGGAGCUUCCAUGACUAGCAUACAGCUCAAAAAACAUAAUGGGAAAACAGAGGAAUUCCUGCGAACCCACGUUUUACUUUCAGCCGAGACAUACCCUUCCUCCCACUGUGCCGAGGUAGAAGUCUUGAUUCCCUUUGAACAACGUGACUGGUACAAUAACACUCUGGGUCUCCUCCACUUUGACUGCUUUCCCGUUUCCAUCAGUGGGGAGCUGUAUGUCUCCGCUUCCACAAGGCCUCCGUACCUGUCUUCGCAUGUCUUGCAGCUCACGCACUUUGGACCAGAUUGUACCUGGCAUGAAGCUCAAGAUGCUGUUCGCCUCUGCCAAAUCCCCACGAUGGAAGUCUCUGUGGGAUUAGAGGAAGCCGUGCUCCAUGUGUGGGACGUCCCUGAAGGACAACACUUCUACCUCUGGCUGUACCUGAAUCAGACAAGCGGACUUGAAGGGAUGAGUGAGAAUAUCACAUUGCUGACUGCACCUGAAAAUGUCAGCUUGCCUAUCUCACAGGUAUUUCCCUGUCUUUGCCUGCAGGUCUGGCCCAAGGUUGAAGACUAUGAUGAUUCACCUCGAACCUUCCUCUGCCCUUUUACAAAUAAUGCUGAAGCUUUAUCCAGGGCCUGGGCAAAGAGCCACCUCAAGGUGAAAGCCUUCCGUGGAGUGCUGAGUUGCUCUUUCUCCGCACCGUGUGACCUCCCAGGAGAGUUGGUCCCAUGUUGGAAGGGAGAAGACCUUGCCUGCCACCCCCUGCAUCCUCAGCUGCGCAAGGGCCUCAUUCGAAUUGAGCUGCAGGAGUUUCCAGGACUGAGACCCCACCCCAACCUUUGCAUCCAGGUAAUUAGCAAAGGAAGCACCUACCUCCAGAGCUGCCUGCAGGAAGAAAUAAAAAGCUGCCACUCAUUGGAGCAGGAUUUGCUGUUUUGGACAACACUGGAUUCCCAAGGGAACUUUUCGGUUCAUGUGUUGGAGCAGGGUACCUGGGUGCACAUAACUCAGUCUAUCAGCAUAAGAAAUGGGAACCUGAAGGAAGCCCUACAGAAUGAUCUGCAAUCAGGAGAGUGCAUGCUGAUGUGGCAAGCUGAGGAUAGGGAAAAUGGCACCCUCUGGACCUGUUCACUGGAGAAGUAUUGCCGAACACGCUGGAUAUUGGCCUGGAUGAUCACUCUCUUUGGACUCUGCUCUAUCCUGUUUGUGUUGCUUCUCAAGAAGGAAGCACUGAAAGGCUGGCUCAGACUACUGAAGGAAGAUUACAGCUCCAAAGGAGCACUUCAGGGACGUCAUGUUCUCCUUCUGUACUCUCCAGACCAUGUAGCCUUUGAGCGUUUGGUGGGCACCUUGGCAGGAGCCUUGACCCAACUACAGGUCUCAGUUUCCCUGGAGUUGUGGAGCCGAGGGGAGCUGGCCUCCCUGGGGCCUAUGCAGUGGUUCCAUGCACAGCGACACCGCAUCAUGCAAGCUGGGGGCAACGUUGUGUUGCUCUUUUCCCCUGGUGCUGUAGCUGGCUGUGCAGAAUGGCUGGGCUGGAAACAGGCAGAUGUCAAACCUGACAAUACUUUCUUGGCCUCCCUUAAUUGUAUCCUGCCAGACUUUCAAAAUGGAAAGACCAAGGGCAGAUAUAUAGUUGCCUGCUUUGAGAAACUGCUUGCAGUCAAUGAUAUCCCUGGACUCUUCCGUUCGGUGCCCGCCUAUCCUCUACCAUCACAGCUUUUCGCUUUUCUAUUAGCUCUUGCUGGACCUGGCAUAGACUAUGAGCAGAGGAGCAGCCUGAAAAGACAUGCAGUGUGGAUCAGCAAGAGCCUGGAGCGUGCGGUGCAGGAGUGUCAGCAAAAGGAGGCAAGCUGGGAGUACUCACCUUUGCUGCCUCUCCAGUCUGCGGAUCAACAGAUAAAAGGGAAUUGCCAUCCUUCUGUAGCUUUUUGAGAGGAUGGCUCUCAGAAGGAGGAUGAGAUUUCCCCCUGUUGUUUACAGGACCAAGUGCAUGGACUCUGUGCCAGUAUUUUUAGAGCAAGCAGUGACAACUCAGCAUUGGGCAUGACAGUUCCACUUAUUUAUGUAUUUAUUUUUGUUAUUUUAUUUACAGCAUUUAUGUUCUGUCCUCACUCUGAGGGAGACUCAGGGCGGAUCAUUGGACAUAUACAUCACAAACAUUCAAUGCCGUUAAACAGGACAGAAACAGAUAGGGGUAUAUGUUGGCAUUUUCCCCAACUUUGGCAUUCUGGAGGUUGUGCUUGAUUCCGGCCACAGGGAAUGCUGUCACUCCAUCCUCUGUGAUGAAGAGCCCGUGAUCACAGACUUCCUCCUUCCUUUGAUCGCUGGCAUUUUCUGGUAUUUCCUUUUUAUGGUGCCAUAAAAUACCUCCCCGCUUAAGCGGUGCCUAAUUUCUCUCCUCACAGCUCACAGCUGUUUUCGAACUGCUUAGGUGGACAGUGAGCUGGGCUGAAGGUCGGAUGCUCACCUCAACCCAGGCUUCAAACUGCCAACCUUUCAAUUGGUGUGAUCUAUUGCUGCUAGUGAUUAACCAGCUGUGCUAAAGCCCAGCCCUCAUUUGGGCAUUGCAAUGAGACUGCAUGGCUCCACUGCACAUGAGAAGACAUCUGAGCACAAUAUGUAGCUGACAACUCUGGAAGGAUUCUGCUUUCUUGCUACUGAAUGGCAAUAUUUAUUGUGCUUAGAGAAAUUGAGUGAUUCAGCAGACACUGGACAACUUAGUAUCAGAGCGGGACACACAGCACAAGCUACUAGUAGCCUCAUGUUUGCUUGGGAACAACAAAACUGUAGCAGGAAAAGAAAUGUUUCCACAUUAAUAUUACAGGAUGGGGGAACAGUGAAAGAUAAUAAAAAGUAACCUUUUAGGGAAACAGCUACCAAAAGGGGUGUAAUUCCUCCCUAGUUUAUCAAUGCAUGUUAUUGUUGAUUUUUUAAAAAAUUGGGUGAAGAUGUGGAAUGAUAACUGAUUAAGACAUGACUUUCAGCUGUUGAUUUUUAUCAUAUCAGUGUUAUUAUAUAUAUAUUUUAAGCAAUUGUGUCUUUCCUUUUGGUGUGGAAUCCUUUGAACUUGGUGCCUUUACAUUGUUUGGGACUGUUACUUUUAGGCUGGAUCUACACUGCCUUAUAUCUCAAGAUCCCAGAUUAUCUGCUUAUCCCAGAUUAUUUGGCACUGGAGAGUCAUAUAAUCCAGUUCAAAGCAGAUAAUAUGGGAUCAGAUCCUGGGAUAUAGGGCAAUGUAGAUCCAACCCUAGAACACCCGUUUGCCUUGUUGCUGAUGGGAAAUGUAGUCUAAAUCACUUUGAAGACAUGAUAUUAGGGAGGGCUGUCAUAAAGUCCUUUGCCUCAGUGAGCUGACCAUGAACUGCAGAAAGACCACCACCCACCCAAUUCUUUCCCGCAUGAUAUCUCUGCUCUAUACCUUCCUACUGCUGAUUUUGACUGAUCGCAUAGUGAACACAUUCUUCCUAAAGAAAUAUAACAGAAAUAUCAUGCAAAAAAUAUUAAUCUAUGGGUUGCUGUGGGUUUUCCCUGCAGCUCCAUCAGCUGU